GUAGAGCGCGCUUCAACUUUUCGAGAGAGCCCUGUGUUUGUAACUAAAGUUGUGCAUCAAAAUGUCUCGAAGGCGACUCAGUAGAGCUCCGAAUUCUUCACUUUUCGUACGGAAUGUUCACCCAGAUACCAGGGAAGAUGAUCUGCGUAAGAUCUUUGGAAAAUAUGGAGAAAUCUCUGAUGUGUACAUUCCUCUGGACUACUACACUAAAGAGCCUCGAGGAUUCUCCUACAUUCAAUAUGAAGAUGAACGAGACGCAGAAGAUGCUCUGUAUUAUUCAGACGGAGUGAGACUGCUUGGACGAGAACUUGAGGUCAAAUACUCCGAGGGAGACAGAAAAACUCCAGACCAACUUAGGAGGCAGGCAUACAGAGGGCGUGAUAGAGGUCGGCGCCGUUCAAGAAGUAGGAGUCCUUACCGACGUCAUUCAGCUAGGAGCAGGAGUAGAUCUAGAAGUUGCUCACCACAAAUCCAUAACAGACGACAUCACUCCAGGAGUCGUCCAACACGAAGCAAAAGCCGUUCACGUAGUAGUUCUCCAGAUAGCCGUCGUCGAUCCCGCAGUAGGUCUAGGAGUCAAACACGGCGCUGAACACGUCAAGUCAUUCAGAGGAAAAACAUAAGUUAAUACCGGCGACACGAGGAACCCCCGAUUAACUUAAGACAAUUUUCACAUCUUUCUUAAACGAGAACAAAAAAAGGGAAUCGGAUUCCAAGUAGAAACCAAGAUGCUAUUUUGUAGGGAAUUAGUUUUUAGUCUUGGAUUGACGAACUCUUGUGCUCCGGCUAGUCGUAUUGACUCUUCAAGAUUACAAGACUGAGUGAGGAUUUUUUAAGCCUUAAUGAGAUGCGACGCUUGGCCUUUGAGGAUCUCGUCACUUCAUUCGGAAGGCAGGAACUUGACUUUGUCUUCAUUUAUCUUGACACUCAAGUUGGUUAUGUUUUAGUUAACCAGCGUCUUUAAUCAUGCAUACAGAAGUUGCUUCAAAAUGAAGCACUGUGAAGGAGAGCUGAUGAUCUUAAGGACGUCUUGUACCAGUAGCUUCCACUGCCAUUGGACUUUGACUUUGUCUUCAAUUAUCUUGACACUUAAAAGUGGAAGUCACUUUUGCCUACUUAACGUUUUUCAAACACCACUGCCUGCAAGGAUUGGCUAUGUUUAUGUUUAAGCAGCAACUUAACUCGUGUUAGGCAUGCAUACACAAGUUACUUCAAGCAGUGUAAAGGAGAGGUGAAGAUCUUAAGGACGUCUUGUUCCAGUAGCUUCCAUUCCCAAGGGAUGUUUUAGGAAUUUGAUGUGUAUUGGGAAUCUAUGGAUGUUUUGAAGGAAUUUCUACCAGUAUGCAAAGAUGUGACAACUGAAACUGUGUCCCGUAGAAUUCUUCUGUCGCUCUUGGAUGUCUCUCACAUCAUGCAGAUUCAACCAAACUGCAGAACUCUGUUUAUCGUCUGUUACGUUCAGGAAUGAUAACAUUUUGUUGCAGUGACUAGAUUAAUCAUAAAGCUUUCACUUUUAUAAAGUGCAAAAAAUAAUUAAUGGCCCAAGCGGAGUCUUUUUGCAGGCGAAAUGAAGGCCAAAGUUUUAUAUUGUGUUAGUUUGAUUAAAUUUUUGUGUUUAUUGACCGUCGUCAUAGGAAAUGUUGGCUUCCAGAAUUGUUAAUCCACAUGUUCUUAUUUUUUAUUUUAUAGUGUUUAAAUAUUGCAUUUGUAUUUUGUUUGCAGUCAUGACAUGUAGAUAAAUUAUUUGUAAUUUAAAGUGUUUAAUGUUUUCAGAUUGUAGAAUGUUGGCUUUUUUGUUAGGGAUUCCUUGGUAGUUUUUUUUGCAAAAAAACUAAAAUCUUUCAGAAUUAACAAACUUUACUCACAACAUGUUGGACAAUAAAUAACUAAGUUGGAUUGAUACAAAAAUAAAUACAAACAUCGAAAA